AUGUCCAAACGAAUCGAAUCGAAAUCCUGUCAAGCAAAUACAAAUGGCAAAAAAUGUGACAAAGAUCCCAUAGCGAAUUGUUUUCAUUGUUCAUACAAUUUAUGCCUAAAACAUUUGACCGAACAUACACAACUCGUUGAAAGCCAAUCACAAACAUUUUUCGAAUCAAAUGGCACCAUUUUGAAUGAUUUUUCUAAGAAACUUUCCACACUUUCGAUUUCACCACGCGUCUUAGAACUUCCAUUUCUUCAACUUGAAAAGUGGCGUCACGAUGCACAUGAAAAAUUAGAUGAAUUAGCUGAACAAAAACGUCAAGAAAUUCAUCUAAAAAUCGCUGAAUAUCGAGCGAUAUUAACAAAGCAAGUUUCCGAACAAAAACAUCAAAUUGACAAAUUAAAAAGAUAUCUCAAUGAUCUAUCGCGACAAACAAAUUUAGCCACAAAAGAUAUCAAAUCUUUCGAAAAUCAACUCAAUGAAACACGACAAUUUUUAACCAAUGUAGAAAAACAUUCCAUUCAACUUUCGAUAGAGGAUUUUUCUGUUCAUAUUCAAACACAUUAUUUCGAAACAAACAUAUCUCAACCUAUUCAAAGAACAGAUUCAAUAAGAUCCGCUCGAUCGGAGAAGAAAGAAUCACCUGUGAGUAACGGACUUAAACGACGUUUCAUUAAAAAACGAUCAUUAUCUGUGUGUUUAUUAUAA